GACAAUGCAGUGACAUAAAUUGUUUUACUCUACUUAAUGCUCCCAUGUCUGUGCUUCCCCACCUUUGCCAACGCGUACUGACCACCACGGUUAAGUACGGUAAAACCACCCCACGACCCGCAUGACAUGGGGCGGCCCUCAUCCAGCAGUGGAUUGACUUAACGAGCUGUGCAUGUUCAACUCAAAUAUCUGAGUUUGUGAAGUGUCUUAUAUUAAGAUUCUGUGUUGUUUUGGCUGGACAUGAUAAUCGCUCAUGUCCCUUCUCCACCCGUAGGGCAUUGACUCUGGCAUCCCCUGAGGUCCGAUUCCACAUGGACAGCGAAACCCACGACCCGAUCGACCUGCAGACCAAGGAACUCAAGGAGACCAACUCGAUGGUGGAGGAGUUCAUGUUGCUCGCCAACAUCUCCGUGGCGGAGCGCAUCGUAGACGAAUUCCCCGAGUGUGCGCUGCUCCGACGCCACCCGUCGCCUCCGCCUUCCAACUACGACAUCUUGGUGAAGGCGGCGAAAUCAAAGAACAUCGAGAUCCAGGUGGACUCGGCUAAGGCGUUGGCCGAGUCCCUGGACCGGGCGGCAGUGCAGGGAGCGCCACCAUACCUCAACACUCUGCUGCGCAUCCUGGCCACGCGCUGCAUGAUGCAGGCCAUCUACUUCUGCUCCGGCAUGGAGCCCGACACCCACCACUACGUGCUCGCCACCGCCAUCUACACACACUUCACGUCGCCCAUUCGACGGCUGGUGUUCUCGUGCAUAUGGGAGAUGACUCCAAAGGCUGAGAUCGUGAGCACACGUUUUACCAAGAGCAUCAUCAAUUCCAAGGCGUCUCUGACGUACGCAGAGGCUCAGCUAAUGAUGGACGACGCCGGGCGGAAGGACCCAGUCACCAGCAGCUUGCGUGGCCUCAACUCCCUGGCCAAGAUCCUCAAGCAGAGGCGCAUUCAAAACGGGGCAUUGACUCUGGCAUCCCCUGAGGUCCGAUUCCACAUGGACAGCGAAACCCAUGACCCGAUCGACCUGCAGACCAAGGAACUCAAGUGA